AUGAAGGAAGAAGAGACAAUGAAGCAGUACUCAGAUAGGAUAAUGGUUGUGGUCAAUAGCAUAAGGCUGCUAGGAGAACAGUUCAGUAAGGCAAGAAUUGUGGAGAAGGUGCUCUCAACAUUGCCUGAAAGAUAUGAGGCAAAAAUCUCAUCCUUGGAGGAUUCGAGAGACCUGGCAAGCAUCUCCUUAACUGAGCUUAUCAAUGCUCUUUAUGCUCAGGAGCAAAGGAGAGCUAGAAGAAUGGAGGAGCACCAGGAGGGUGCUUUCCAGGUCAAGGCCAAAGCAACCUCAGCACCUCAACCUAUAAAGAGGCCAGAUGCUGGUUCAGACCAGAUGCCUUAUGUCAACAUUGCAAGAAGAAAUGCCAUGUUGAAAGGGUCUGCAAAGAAAAAGGCAGACCUAAGCAGAAUCAAGCAUAAAACAAGAGUGAAGAAGCUAGAGUGGCUGAAGAAAGUAGUGACCAUGAAGAGCAGAUCUUGCAAAACCAAGGUAAAAAUUGGAAAUGGUCAGUUCAUCAAAGCUGAAGGAAAAGGAGAUGUGCUAAUAUGCACUUCUACAGGAGACAAAGUCAUCACAAAUGUGCUGCUGGUACCUCAGAUUGACAGGAACCUUCUCAGCAUUUUUCAACUACUAGAAUAA